AUGGACGACGAAGACGAUCCAGUUGUCGCCUCCUAUGAUGUCUUAUUGACAGAUCCCGCCAAGAAAGAUUCUUCAAAAUUGUUCAUACUUCAGUACCCGGCACAUCGGAGAAGGGACAGACCUUACAAUGCCACCUACGGUCAAACCCCAACCUCACUUCGCUUGAAACCAGACACGGGGUUUGUGGAGGUAGAUAUUCCACUGAGGAUAACAGAGCACUACAAUGCCGACGCUGCAAGGAAGUUCGGGAAGGCCAUGUACGAAAGUCGCACCAUGUCCGCAGGAGGAUCGCACGGGUUGGGAGGCGGUUUCUCUACGGGCCCUUCAGAUCCCAGGAUGAGAGACGCGCCCAUGCAUGACCACAAUGCCUUCGACAGUGGCAUACUUACAACUCAGACACUUGGGGGAAAAGUUGUCACUCCAAGCUCUCGAGACCCGAUCUACCUUGUCGGGAGUUUUCACGAGAAUCAACUUCAUCUCACUCACGUGGAUGCUGUGGUCCAGAUGCGCCCUCAACUGCACCAUAUUGACGCGGAUGAUGAGCUUGCCCAGAAGAAACUACAGUCAAACGCAUCGAUCGCGCGGCAGAAACCGGGCCUCGAGACACCUGCGGCAAAAGUCGAGUCAAAACCCAUCGAGGUUAAGAUCAAAAAUGACAAAGAAGACGCCAAAGAUCGCAGCCUGAACGAGAACGCUAGGCUUCUUCGAGAUAUCCAGGUCGACAAGUGGGAGAAGCACGAUUGGGUAGGCGAAGAGGACGACGAAGCAGCAACCAAGUUUGACCAAUACCUGCACUCGCAUACGUACAGCCGCGAAUCUUUAGUUGAACUGAAGAGCUCUCUCACUAAUGGUAAGUGGCUGGACAACAUGAGCGCCCCGAGAGAAGAAGGGAGAAAGGGGCUCCUGGGCAAAGUACGCGGCAGGGAACGUGAACGUGCAAGAAGACGAAAAGCCGAGGAAGAAAAGCGGCAGCGCCAAAGAGAAGCACCGGGUUCUACUCGUGGUCAAAGUGGUGCAAUGCUGGACAUGAGUUCAGAGAGCGACCUGACCACUCCGGAAGCCUCGGAGAGUGAAGUCGAGGACGAGACUGCAGAGGCAAGAACCCAAGAAAUCGACACAAUUGCAAUCAAGGAAGAACCCAGUGUGUCUACUGCUUCUAUGGCUACAUCCAGCAGCACGCCAAAAAAGAGAGGACGUCCUCGAAAGGCCCAGAAUGCCGAAGAUUGA